AUUUUGGUGAAAACUUCACCUUGGUCUACACGUCUACAAAAAACCAAAAAUAAAGAAAGUGUGUGAGGAGAAAAAAAUCUUGAAAAUUGUGUUAAUGGAGAGACAUUGGAGGUAUUUUUUAGUUCUGUUGUGGAUUGGUUUUACAUUAUUCAGUGGAAUUCAGAUAUUCUCCCACGGAUUCCUUCUAACGCGUGUCGUCCAGAAGGAGCGCACCGUGUGUCACCGGGAUUUCUGCCCGCCGGGAGAGGCACAAUGUGUAGCGACGAAAAUAAAUCAGUAUUUAAACAAUGUAAACUUAUCUGACAGUAUUUGCUUGGGCAAGAAGAGCAGAGUUAUUCUGCUGGUAAUAGAUGCCCUGAAAUAUGACUUUGGAAUUUACAAUCCAGAACUCGCAAAACCAUUGGCAUACCAAAAUCGAAUGCCAAUUUUCAGUGAGAUCCUCCAGAAAUAUCCCAACCAGAGUCGAAUGAUGAAAUUCCUCGCUGAUCCCCCAACGACUACCCUUCAGCGACUCAAGGGAUUGACCACGGGAAGCUUACCAACAUUCAUUGAUAUUGGAUCGAAUUUUGCAUCACCGGAAAUUAAUGAGGAUAAUAUUAUUGAUCAAAUUGUAGCACAAAAUCAGACUGCAGUCUUCCUGGGUGACAGCACGUGGACUGACCUCUUCCCAGGGAGAUUUAAACGAACCUAUUCCUACCCAAGUUUCAACAUAUUCGAUCUAGACACGGUGGAUCGUCGUAUUGAAAAGUACUUACCCGGUGAAAUAGCUAAAGAUGAUUGGGACCUACUCAUAGCUCAUUUCCUCGGUGUAGAUCACUGUGGGCACAAACAUGGACCCCUCCACAGGGAGAUGAGUCGAAAGCUCACAGAAAUGGAUACAAUGGUGAGGAAGGUUAUUGAUGAAAUGCCCAAUGAUACCAUGUUAAUUGUCCUCGGUGACCACGGAAUGACAACAUCCGGGGAUCAUGGAGGUGAUUCAGUGGAUGAAUUAACCUCCCUAAUCUUUGCCUAUUCCAAGGGGAGUGAUCUCAUUGGCGUACGCAACGUAUCAACGAUGCAACAGAUUGAUUUGGUGCCAACACUCGCAGCAAUAUUUGGAACACCAAUUCCAUUUUCAAAUUUGGGUACAGUCAAUAUUAAUUUAUUACCCGACGAUUCCGGCGGAAUGCCACGUCUGGAGACGCUUUUACUGCAUCUCUGGCAAAAUGCCAAACAGGUCCAGAAGUAUUUUCAGCAGUAUGCUCAAGUGAACAUUGGUACCUUUCGCAGUGAUCACAUUGAAGCUCUGGAAAAUAAGUUUGUCGUCCUAUCGCACAGAGUUAAUUCCAUCUACUCCGAGGCAGCCUUCAUGAACUUCGGCGGAGAUCUGGAGAAUCAUCUCAAGACAAUCCUCACAACGUGCCUGGAUAUUUGGGUGAAAUUUGAUGCGGAAGCAAUGACAAAUGGUCUACUAAUUGCCAUCCUGACGGUUUUUGCGUGCUUCUUGCUGUUUCAAAACUUGAAAAUUCGCCAAUUGGAACGACUCUUUUCCACUUCAAUGGUAACAUUUAUAUACGCCAGCAAUCUCAUAUGUAUUGCCGCAAUAAUAGGACUUAAGUGGAUCUCGGGCACUGCAAUGAACUCCAUUCUCCUCUACAUGGCUGCAUUCAACAUUCUCAUAUUUACCCUCUUCGUUAUCCAACAGUGGACAAACAUUGUGGAGAAUUGGAGUGAAAUUGGGAGAUUUUCCAAUGUUAUCACCCGCACCAUAUACCUCAUGAUGGUGUCGGUGUUCUUCUCAAAUAGUUUUAUCAUUGAGGAACCAAAGAUUCUUGCGUACUGCACAACCGGGAUGGUGUUCUACGUGCUGUUUGAGCUGAAAAAAGCAUUUAUGCCAAAAGAUGAGAAGAAUGAUGGGAGGAAACAGAUAAAAUUGUCAACAAUCUUCUAUUCAAUCCCCCUACGGUUGGUGGGAUUGGGAAUUGUAGCUGUUGUGUGUUUGCGAAUGACAUAUGCGUUCUUUCGGUGUCGCGAAGAACAUGGAAAUUGCCCAGAAUUCUCAGGGACGCACAUGUCACCCGAAGGUAUUGAGGGGAUAGCAAAAAGAAAAUUAGAUUUGAUUGCCGUUGUAGCUGUUAUACUAUUUGCCACACUUGCACGAAUCUAUUUGCGUAGCUGUGGCAAUUUAACAGGAUACUCAUGGAAUGUGGCACUAGCACGGUAUGGACCUACAUUGGCUACCAUAUGUACAUGCGGGUAUUUCCUCCUUUCACCCAAAGAUGGAAAAACUUCAGGGAUACCCCAGAUACACAUUGAUGCCAUGGCGUGGAUUGUUGGGGGUGUAUUCGUCCUGCAAGUGAUCACAUUGGUUUUUCGACCUCUAAUGAUAUACGUUGUGCCACCGGAUAUUUCGGAUAGCAUGUACACAUCAACUGGACGAUUGAUACCGGACCUCUUUCGUAAAUUGAAGACAAUAUAUCGUGAGAAUAGAGAGAGGAGCAAGAUACCCAUUAUUUGUGGCUUUGGAACGGUCUACUCAUCAAUCAUGAUAUCAUAUUUCGUCGUCAUCACCAUCUUACUGUGCCUCCUUCUUGGCACUAAAGCAUCCAUUGGCCUUCUAGUCACCAUAGUAAUAGCAAUUGUAUUCAUUGUCCUAACUGGAAUUCUGCGCUAUCAAACGGCCAAGUCACUCGAAUCCUGCCUGCAACCUAGUUUUGCCACUUUAGUGGUUUGGCUUCUACUCACCCAUCUCACUUUUUACACAACAUCCCAUCAGACGACUCUAUCGCAAAUUGAUUGGCAUCCAGCAUUUGUAGGUAGAACAGCGUAUCAUGAUCACAACAAUAUCCUUUCGGCAUUUCUCGUUAUCAUCACAACUUUCUGUGGUUCCGUACUUUUUGGUGUCAUAUUUCCACUGAUCACUUUGGCACCAUUCUUCAUAUAUUCAGCCAUUCCCAACUUGGCCACACACCAUCGAGAUGUGGCGCCCAAUAGGCGGGUGGAACGUGUAAAGACCAGCGGUAAUGUUGAGUAUCGAAAGGUGAAUAUAUCCCGUGUGGAUGAAACCUCUGGGGAGGAGCAGGAGCAGGUCACCGAGUUGGAGUACGAUAUCACAAAGGGUGAGCUCAAUUUGUACGAGAAUGAGGCACUCUUUAUUGGAUCCAUCUUCAAGAGUGCGUGCCAAUUGAUGGCACUCCAGGGACUGAGGAUUUUCUCCUCAAUGCUCGCCUGUACAGUUCACUGCCGACAUUUGAUGGUGUGGAAAAUCUUCGCACCACGAUUUAUAUAUGAAGGAAUUUCCACCUAUGUUCUCUUGGGAGCAAUUCUUUUGAGCUAUUUGAUACUUAUUCGUAUUCACAGAGCCGUAGUAAAUCUCAUUGUGAAAUUUACCAAAUUAAAAUAAAAGAAUAUAUAAUAAACAUUCACGAACCAAAGUGUUACAUAGGCCAAUUAAAAAUGUAAAUAGGGACAGAUUUAUAUACAGUGCGGUAUAUAUUUAAUUUUUUUUUCUGCGAAAAUCAUCUUACAGAUGGAACCCGAAAAUAAACAAACGAAUUAAAAUCGAUUUUUAUUUAUUGUA